CAAAAAAUCACACGUGUCUAAAAAGAAACUUCACAUCACCGCUCUAAGUGAAUCCUUAUAAUCACCUACUUCUAUGUAAAUCUUGUUCGGACUUUCUGCAAAAUGUCUGUGGAAACACAUUAAACUGCAUUUUGAAAGAGUUUAAAGAAAGGUGAAAGCAAGCCUACCCUAGAAGAUAAGUUUGUGUUGCCAACAGUCAAACCUUAUGGUUCUUGCUCCAUUCAGGGACUUGUAAACUGACAACAAGUGGAAACACUUUGUGUGUCGGAGACUUUGAUUACAAGAAAAUUGCACUUCUGUUUAAUUUCUGAAGUGCUUCACUUUCUGUGAAGAUGCUUAAGGUCCCUCAGCAUCAAGUUGCAGGACACGAAGCGGGCAUCGGGAAGCUUGGUCCCCUCGUGGAUGAAUCAGGGCGCUUCUACAAGCCUCUGCAAGGUGAUGAACGAGGGGCCAGUGAGGUUGCAUUCUAUACUUCAUUGUCUACUAACAGUGGGAUCCCGGAACACAUUCAAAGAUUUUUCUCCACCUUUUAUGGAACUCAGCUCGUAGAAGCAUCUGAUGGAUCUGGCUUGCUACCUCACUUGGUCUUGGAAGAUCUUGCUCUAGGUCGUGUCAAUCCAUCGAUAAUGGACAUUAAGAUUGGUUCAAGAACCUGGGCACCCGAAGCACCCGAGAAAUAUAUUCAGAAGUGCUUAAAAAAAGAUCGAGAAUCGUCAAGCCUUUCAUUAGGAUUCAGAAUAUCGGGGUUGCAAAUCUAUAGAAGCAAAGAACUAGGAUUCUGGAAGCCUGGAAAGAAAGCUGCUCAGAAACUCUCUAGAGAGGAAGUCAAGUUAGUCCUGAGAAGGUUUGUUUCUUCAAACACAUUGAAUGAUUUGGAUUCGAGACCAGACUGCGCUUUCGCAUCAACUGUUUAUGGCGGAUCUACUGGCAUUUUAUCUCAGUUACUGGAGCUGAAAGCUUGGUUUGAGGAUCAAACUAUAUUCCAUUUGUAUUCUUGCUCAAUUCUGGUGAUUUUUGAAAAAGAGUUGGCAUUGAAAGGAAAGAAUCCAGGUGCACAAAUCAAACUGAUUGACUUUGCUCAUGUUUACGAAGGACGAGGUGUCAUUGAUCAUAACUUCUUGGGUGGUCUCUGCUCGUUAAUAAAAUUCAUUUCUGAAAUUCUCACUGCUCCUAAUGAGUGCGGAAUAGAAGUUUCUGCAAAAGCUGAUCAGAAGAACCUUACCGCUGAUAAUGGUGUUGUAGCUGAUCAUAAGAACCUUACCGACUCUGAUAAUGGUGUUGUAGCUAUUCAGAAGAAUCUUACCACCUCUGAUAACGGUGUUGUAGCUGAUCAGAAGAACCUUACCGUCUCUGAUAAUGGUGUUUUAGCUGAUCAGAAAAACCUUACCGCGUCUGAUGAUAACUGUGUUGUAGCUGAUCAGAAUGGUGUUAGCUGAUACAACUCAAACUUUUGUUGGAACCAUUUUUCAGCCUGGAUUCCAACAAUGCCACAUUUUCCGCAGAUAAUUUGCCUGAAUUGUUCAAUUCCGAGUCCUAUGCAAUGCUUCCAUGUGUCUUUUAAGAUUUUUCUGCAGUGCACUAAACUUAUGAUUUGGAGUCUCUGUAUUACAUAUUUGCUACCUUAGCUCAGCUGAGCUUUGAACUCUUUCUUUUGUAGAUUAGGAGGCAAAGAACAUUUUCUAAUGGAAGAGCACUAAUUUAUAACUGUUAAA